AUGUUCGACAAAGUGGUGACUCCAAGCGACGUCGGGAAACUAAACCGGCUCGUGAUCCCUAAGCAAUAUGCAGAGAGAUACUUCCCUUUAGAUUCGACCUCAAACGAGAAAGGUUUGCUUCUAAACUUUGAAGAUCUCUCAGGAAAGUCAUGGAGGUUCCGUUACUCUUACUGGAACAGUAUCCAGAGCUAUGUCAUGACCAAAGAGAUGUGUCGGAGAUUCAGGAAGAGACAGACGCUUGUUUAUCGAUUGGAGGAGAAGACCUAA